AAAAAGAAAGACAUCCUUGUAAAAAUCUAAUCAAUUCGAAAAUUUACAAUUCAAAAGUUGAUUUAAUUGGUGUUAUCAUAUCUUCUUUAAAAAAAAUUUCUUAUAAAUAUGCUCCUUUUUUGCGCUUUUCCAGUUUUUCCUCAGAAUAAACAUUCAUUCUUUCAGAAUAAUAACAAAAAGAAAGAACAAUAAAUACUUUAUUCAAUUUUAAUCAUUCUCCUUAAACAAUUUCCUUAAUCUCCCUUAUUUUAUCAACAAAAUGAAAGGAACCACUUUAAUCUCUAUUACUUUGGCAAUUCUUUAUUUGACAACUCCAUCAGUUUUGUCAACUCCCAUCGGCAGAAGAGAUGUAACUCCCCCAAACGCUGACUUGAAUGUUCACGGAGUUCCUAUUGUAAAUGCUGAGGCUGGUACUAAACGAAAAGUAGGCGCUGGAGUAGAUCCUGGCGUUAAUUUAGGUACUAAAGUCGGUUCUAAUGAAGAGAACGUGGAUCCUAACGUUCAAGCAGGCACUAAACGAGAUGUUGCCGUUAAUGCAGAUUCUAAGUUAUUGAAAGCUAAAGUAACCAAGCCUGAUUCUAAACGAGAUGUUGCCGUUAAUGCAGAUGCUGGCGUGUUGAAAGCUAAUGUUGAUGGUGAACAACCUAAGCCAGAAUCUAAACGAGAUGUUGGUGUUGAUGCAAAUACUGGCGUAUUGAAUGGUAAAAUUGGCAGUUCAAAAUCCAAUCCUAAUACUAAACGAGAUGUUGGUGUUGAUGCAAAUACUAACGUAUUGAAAGCUAAAGUUAAUGGUGCAAAACCCACCAAACGAGUUAAUGUUGAUGUAGAUAUUGGUGAACCAGCUACUUCUGGUACUCCUCAAAUUCCCCCUCAAAUUCCUCCUGUAAAACCCACCAAACGAGCUAACGUUAAUGUAAAUAUUGAUGGACCAGCUACUGAUGGAGCGAAACCUGGUACUCCUCAAAUUCCUCCUCAAAUUCCUCCUAAACCUACUAAACGACAAGUUAAAGUUGAUGCAGUUACUAAAGUAUUGGACGCUAAAGUUAAUAGUAAUUAAAAUGUAAAAAAUCCUGGGACUAAUACCGAAAAAUACAGACCUGGAUAAUAUUAGUUCAAAUUGAAGUUAAUUAACUGAAAGUAAUAAAUUCAUUUUUAUUAAUUAUUAUUAUUCCUACAGAAACCCUUUACCCUAAUAUAUAUAUACUCGACUUAAAUUACCAUAAUAAUAUAAAUAUUAUAAAUAAAAUCAACGAUAGAAUUUUUAUUAAUUUUUCUUAAAUGUAUUUAAUGUACUUUUUCUUUAAUAUUUUAUAUACAUAGAAUUUAUAUAUAUCAUGUAUUGUGAUGUAUGUGUUUUUUUUUUUAAUUAACCUUUUUUAAAAAAAUAAAUCGUGUUCUUAAAUAAUAAACAUAUUUAUAUAAAUUUAUAAUGAUUUUUUUA